AGCAGUGACAUCACUUUCCAGAAUUCCCCUUCAGCAACGCGACGAAGAGCCAACAGGAGUGACGAAGAGAGAGAAAAACAGCUGAAAAUUAAAGGAGUUUGCUGCUGUCUGAGAUUCCUAAGUGUUUAAGCUGAUUUUACAGACAAGAAAUUAAAGGAUGUCCCUGUAUCCAUCCCUCGAGGACCUCAAGGUCGACAAGGUUAUCAAGGCCCAGGCCCAGUUUGCCCAGUCUGCCACCUCGAUGCCAGCUAUCACUGAGGGAACCUAUCCGCCUCAGCUCGCCACUGCUGGGAUGCCAGGAUCAAGCUUGUACCCAAACCUAGAGGAGCUCGGAGACUAUAUGGGUCUAGCCCUCAACAGUGAUGAAAUUCAAAGGAACCUGGCCCUGAUGCCUGUGGCUGACAAUCAAGUGGCAGUGCCCUCCAUUUCAGGUGUCGGGGGGAUGGUGCGGCCCGUGACGGGGGCGGACGUCGGCAUCAGGAGGGCAGAGAUCCGCCCAGGGCUGCGGGAGAUUAUCCUCUGUAAGGACCAGGAAGGGAAGGUGGGACUCCGGCUCAGGUCCAUCGACAAUGGAGUGUUUAUCCAGCUGGUGCAGGCUAACUCUCCUGCGGCCUUGGCCGGGCUGCGUUUUGGGGACCAGGUUCUUCAGAUCAACGGGCAGAACUGUGCUGGCUGGAGCGUAGACAAGGCCCACAAGGCCCUGAAGGCUGCCGCGGAGACCCGCAUUGAGCUCGUGGUCAGGGACAGACCAUUUCAGCGCACCAUCACCAUGCACAAAGACAGCUCUGGCCACGUGGGCUUUAUCUACAAGUCUGGUAAAAUCACCUCGCUGGUCAAGGAUGGCUCUGCAGCCCGCAACGGCAUGCUGACGGAGCAUUUCAUCUGUGAAAUUAAUGGCCAAAACGUUAUUGGACUCAAGGAUUCUCAGAUCAAGGACAUUCUGAGCACCUCUCCGACUGCCAUGACCAUCACCAUCAUGCCCAAGUUCAUCUAUGAACACAUGGUUAAGAGGAUGUCAUCCGGUCUCCUGCGGUCAGCCAUGGAUCACUCUGUCCCAGAGGUGUGAAGACCAGGAGGACUGUAAACUGUCAGGAUGUCUACAAUACAGCGAUAUGUCUCUCUUUCUCUUUUCCUCACCCAUAUAUUUGUCUGUCUCUCUCUCUGUCUCUCUCUCUCUCUCUCUCUCUCUCUGUCUCUAUUUGCCUUCAUACCAAACCACCUCCUGCGUCACAAUCAUCGUCGCCAUUUCUCAUCUUUAACAUAAUCUUAAAAUGCCUUCUUUUCUUUUCUUCUAUUUUUCCAGUUCAGUAGAGUCUUUACCUUUUCUACAUAACCUCAUCUCCUUUGACAUGUCUAGUACUUUUUGAAGGUUAACCUUUUAGUCUAAGUAUUACAUCUUUAUUUUUCUUGUUUUGUAUUUGAGGAAUAAGGACAGGAAUAAGGACAGUACACAAUGUGUUUUUUUUUUUGUUUGUUUUUUAAAGCAUGCACACUAUCAAGAGUCCAGAGCUUCCUCCUCACUGUGGAGAUGAAUCAUUUGCAUGUGACGUUUCAUCUUGUCAAAAUGCUGUAAAAUCCAACGGUCAGUCAUCAGAGCCCUACCAUGUAGAUUACACGGCUGUGCCCCCAGCCCCUGCACUCGGCCCCCUAAUGUGUGUACGUAAGUAAUCUGAGCUGAAUUAACAUCUGGGACCUCACAUUUGACAAAACGUUUGCUGACUGGAUUCCGGAUUCCAGUGUCUCUUUUACUUGGCCAGUAAAACUAAUAGCGUUGUUUUUAGUUAGUACCAUAUAUUGGUAAAAUAAAAAUAGUGUAGGUUUUGGCACAGAGAUUAUUUUUACUUUAUUUUUGUAGAUACCCAACAUUUCUAACAUGUACGUGAGAGUUAACGACGUAGCGGUUUCCACCUUCUCCAAGAGAUGGCGAGGUAUAAUUGUACCACACUUAACUGUCUCUGCGGGCAAAUGUCAUGAUGAGGCUCUGAUGUGUUGAAUUUGUAGGUACUGGGGACACUGUGUGCACAUUCCAGGGGACAGUGUAGGGAAAGAGGACGCAGUAGAUGUUUGUUGCCCCAUGCAGCUGGAACUUAGCCCUGUCCACAAACACCAUAGGAGCUGUGAGAUGGUGAAAGGCACACGUGAGCAAGAUCGCAGUGCGUUGAUGCGAUUAGCCAGCCGAGGUGUUUUCAAGGAAGUUGUUGGUGUUUGUCUGGACAGGGUCUGUGCUGGGCGGACCCACUAAGUGCACUUUCCACUACCUUUUUUUUAAAAGGUUGUCUUUCCUGUAUCCAUUUCAACAGUUGUGCUUUUUUUUUUUUAAUUAUUGUUUGUGGUGCCUCAUGUUAACGAGAGAACUCGUGAAAACAAAGUUGUAUGUUCACCAUAAGAAACUGCUGAAAUUUGAUGCUGAAAAUCAUCCGCUCAAAUUGAAGGCAUUUAAAAUUCCACAUCAUGAGCUCAGCCAUUGAACUUGCUCUCCUCUGCUACGUGUCGUUAAAGGACGCCCCUCUGUAAUAAUCCUUCCUUGACUGAUGAGCACAUUGAGACUGAGCGGCGCUCACAGUUGUGAAUUUCUACUUGUUAUAUAAAGUUGCUCCUUUUAAUGCUGUUCAUGUUUGGAUGCAUGUAUUCCUUUUACUUUUCUAGGUAUGCAAUCUGAUAAACAUCACUGUCAUUCUGUAAGAAAAUGCUAGAAAAAAAUCUUAAAAGUUUAUAUACGAAUGUAACCAAGAUAAUAUUGUAAAACAAAUAAACAGUCUUUCUGUUCA